AUCAGAGAAGCCCAACUGGGAUUACCAUGCAGAGAUACAAGCUUUUACCCACAGGCUGCAUGAAAAUUUUUCUUUGGAUCUUCUCAAGACUGCAUUUGUUAAUUCUUGUUAUAUUGAAAGUGAAGAGGCAAGACGCCGAGAACUUGGCUUAGACAAAGAAAUGGUUGCUCUUAAUCUACAAGAUAAUAGUAAACUUGCUGAACAAGGGAUGUCUUUUUCACGUUCUUACUUGACGCAGUGCUUUGAAGGUGCCUACCCGGAUUUACCUGCAAAAGGGAUACGAGCACUUGUUGAUUUUCUUACCAGUCAGGAACUUGUUUCUUAUGUGGCUCAAAACCUGUCUAUACAGGACCUGACGCUUUGCAAAGAGUUUCCCGUCCCACCAAAUGUGCUACAGAGGACGUUCUUUGCUGUAAUAGGAGCCUUGCUCAAUAGCAGUGGGCCUGAGAAAACGAGGAUCUUUGUCAGGGAUUUCUUUAUUCCUCAACUGAUUGGAAAAGACCUGUUUGAGAUCUGGGAAGUUGUAAAUCCUAUGGGUUUACUAGUGGAAGAACUGACCAAGAGGAAUAUCUCUUCUCCAGAACCAAGAAUUACCAGGCAGUUGGGAGUCAGCACGGUUCUGCCAGUGUACUUUGUUGGGUUGUACUGCGAUAAGAAGAUUAUAGCUGAAGGUCCUGGUGAAACACUGCUUGCUGCAGAGGAAGAAGCUGCACGCGUGGCACUCCGGAAGCUAUAUGGGUAUACAGAGAACAGGAGACCUUGGGAUUACUCAAAACCCAAACAAGGAUUGGCAGCUGAUAAGGCUAUCAGCAGUAACUAG